AUGGCUCAUAAGCUGGAGGUAGAGGAUGGACUAUAUGGGAUCAUUGAAUCGCCGAACAUCUCGAGGAUCAGGUUUGGAGAGUAUGAAUUGAACACCUGGUAUGGAAGUGCUGUAUACUUUGCCAAAGACAAGAGAACAUUGGGUUUCAAAGACAUUAAUCCAUCUAAAAGGAAAUCUGAAAUGAACAGAGAGGAGAUAUGGCUUGAGAAAUUGUUUAUAUGUGAUUCAUGCUUCAAGUAUACCGAUGAUGAGAAGGAUUAUGAGGCCCAUUUACUGGCUUGUGACCAUCUAAACAAACAACUGGGAAAGAUCAUGUAUAGAGAUGAAAAGUAUGUUAUAAGGAAAGUACGAGGAUCGAAACACAAAAUGUUUACUCAAAACCUAUGCCUGUUUACCAAGCUCUUUCUAGACAACAAAUCCGUGUUUUUCACUGUUGACUAUUUUGAAUUCUAUAUUGUUUAUGGCACCGAGAACAACAAACCCAUGGGUUUCUUUUCAAAAGAGAUUCUAUCAUGGGACAGAAACAAUUUGGCUUGCAUAUUGGUUUUCCCACCAUACCAGAGAAUGCACUUGGGUACACUGCUAAUUUCAUUCUCCUAUGAAUUGUCAAAAUCACAAAACUUGGUAUCUGGUCCAGAAAAACCUUUAUCGCCUUUUGGUUUGGUUGGCUACUUGAAAUAUUGGAGCUCCAUCAUUACGAGGGAACUUGUGUUUGGUAAAUUGUCGGAUGCAAAAGUUGUUACAUUAGAAGAAGUCAGUAAGGUGACAGGAAUACGGCAUGAUGAUAUAGUGAUGACGCUGAAACAUAUGAAUGUAUUGGUUAACAAUGAUGGGGAGCUAUUUGUGCUGAAAAAGAUACUACAAGACUGGGCAAAAAGAAACAAGGUUAGUUUAAAUCCAUUGUUAAAAAAGGAUUGUCUAUUAAUUUGA